AGAUUGGUCGACACUCACUGGUUGAUCACUCACUGAUCUGUGGGACUCACGCAGAGAGCACGACCUAGAGAGAGAGAGAGAGAGAGAGAAAGAGAGAGAGAGAGAGAGAGAGAGAAAGAGAGAGAGAGAGAGAGGGAGAGAGAGUGAAAGAGAGAGAGAGAGAGAGAGACAGACACCGGCAGAGAGAGAGAGAGAGAGAGAGAGAGAGAAAGAGAGAGAGAGAGAGAGAGAGAAAGAAAGAGAGAGAGAGAGAGACAGACACCGGCAGAGAGAGAGAGAGAGAGAGAGAGUGAACGGCACACACAGAGAGAGAGAGAGAGAUGUGCAGCAGCAUGCUCCGACAGAGUGAACAACUCCUGCGUGAGGACGAGACCGACUCCUGAUCUGCGCUCAACUUCGACGCUCAUUUUUAAAAACACUUUAGAACACUUUCUUUCACUUCCCUUCGACUCUACGGACGCCAGCACACCUUUCUUUCUUCUUCAUUUCCCCCAUCGUGGAUGCGUGCAGGAAGCGUGGAUGAUUAUGUUUGAAAAGGAGUCAGGACAGAAAGUGGAUCAGUCGACCGCCACAGCGAUGCCUUCCAACAAAUACUCUGCUGCCAUCAUCAUGGAGGAGAGCAAGAACAUGACCGCCACUGCGCCGGUGAACGGAGACACGCCUCCAGCAGAGAACCUAUCAGAGAACGACAGCGGCGUGGAGCUGACCAACGAGAACAGCCCUCUGACUGCUGCCGAACCGCCCUCGCCGUUCAGCCCGAAGCAGAACGGAGACGCCGCCUCACCUCAAGAUGAUAACGAGUGCACGAGAGAAAGCAGGAAGAGGAGCAGGAAGAAGUCAGAGGAGGAGGAGGAAAGCACCUGGGACUCCUACAGCGAGGAGAAAUCUUCAGGAGCGUCUCAGCUGGGUUUGAGGCAGACUCCUCGACCCAGAACCAUCUUCCAGGCCGGUCUGACGCCACACACACACACCAAACCUCGCAGACAGAACCGCAAACAGGAGCACAGCGUGUCACUGUGUGUUGCUGGUCCUCGGGCUGCCGUUGUACCCGUGGCGGUCCCUGAGGCCCCCCCCUCUCUGGAUCUGAUGGAACAAGACUCCAAAGACUCAGCGCAGAGCAUCAGCACCUCGUCCAGCUCUGAAAUCCAGCCCGAGUACAAUGACAAUAAGGGUUUUGGUAUCGGCGAGCUGGUGUGGGGGAAGAUAAAGGGCUUCUCCUGGUGGCCGGGCAUCGUGGUGACGUGGCGUGCUACGGGCAAACGGCAGGCCAGUCACGGCAUGAGGUGGCUGCAGUGGUUCGGAGACGGCAAGUUCUCUGAGGUUUCAGCGGACAAACUGGACUCCAUCACCGCCUUCGCCAAGUUCUUCAGUCAGGCCUCCUACACCAAGCUGGCCUCGUACCGCAGAGCCAUCUUUCAGGCGCUGGAGAUGGCCAGCAUCCGAGCGGAGAAGAAGUUCACUCCCUGUGAGUCGGACAAUCCAGACGACCAGGUCAAACCCAUGCUGGACUGGGCCAACGGGGGCUUCCUGCCCAAAGGAGAGGAGGGACUGAAACCGACACACACAGCCAGCAGUAACCCUCUGGACCACCAGGUCCUCGAUGUCUCCCUGCCUGAGUAUUUCCCCAGCGCCAAGCGGCCCAGAGUCAGUCUCUGUAAGAACAAGGCCGCCCCCGAGGAGUCCUACAGCAGAGAACAAAUGGUGAAUGAAGUCCUGAAGAAUAAAAGAAGUAUAGAAGAUUUCUGUCUCUCUUGUGGAAAGAUGAUGGCAGCAACCUUCCACCCGCUGUUUGAAGGAGGCCUGUGCCAAACGUGCAAGGACGUUUACCUGGAGAUGUCCUACAUGUACGAUGACGACGGUUAUCAGUCCUACUGCACCGUCUGCUGCGGAGGCCGAGAGGUUCUGCUCUGCGGCAACGCCAACUGCUGCAGGUGUUUUUGCGUGGACUGUCUGGACAUCCUGGUCGACCCCGGAGCGUCCAACAACGCUCGCUACCUGGACCCGUGGAGGUGCUACAUGUGCCAGCCGCAGCUGCAGUACGGCGUGCUGAAACAACGGCACGACUGGAGCCUCAAGCUGCAGGAGUUCUUCGCCAACGACAACGGACAGGAGUUUGAGACACCAAAGACGUACCCAGCAGUUCCUGCAGACCAGAGACGACCAAUCAGAGUGCUCUCCUUGUUCGACGGCAUAGCCACCGGAUACCUGGUUCUGAGAGACCUGGGUUUCAAGGUGGACCAGUACGUGGCGUCGGAAGUGUGCGAGGACUCGAUCUCGGUGGGCGUCGUCAGACAUGAAGGAAAGAUCCAGUACGUCCACGAUGUCCGGGACAUCACAAAGAAAAAUCUGUUGGAGUGGGGUCCUUUUGACCUGGUGAUCGGAGGAAGUCCGUGCAACGACCUGUCGAUCGUCAACCCCGCGAGGAAAGGUCUCUAUGAAGGUACAGGGAGGCUGUUCUUCGAGUUUUACCGCCUGCUGAGCGAAGCAAAGCCCAAAGAAGGAGAGAACCGGCCGUUCUUCUGGAUGUUCGAGAACGUGGUCGCCAUGGGCGUCAACGACAAGAGGGACAUCUCGCGAUUCCUGGAGUGUAACCCGGUGAUGAUCGACGCCAUCGAGGUCUCGGCUGCUCACCGCGCCCGAUACUUCUGGGGAAACCUACCGGGCAUGAACAGGCCUCUCUGUGCCUCCGGGAUGGACAAGCUGGAGCUGCAGGACUGUCUCGAGCACGGCAGAGUCGCAAAGUUUGGGAAGGUGCGUACCAUCACGACCCGUUCCAACUCCAUCAAACAAGGGAAGGAUCAACACUUCCCCGUCCUGAUGAACGGGAAGGAGGACAUCCUGUGGUGCACGGAGCUGGAGAGGAUUUUCGGCUUCCCUGUCCACUACACCGAUGUGUCAAACAUGGGUCGCGGCGCCAGGCAGAAGCUCCUGGGCCGGUCCUGGAGCGUCCCGGUCAUCAGGCAUCUGUUCGCCCCUCUGAAAGACUACUUUGCCUGUGAAUAGACGCCAACACAUCACCAGCAAAACAGACCCCCACUCAUGAUCCACCCACCAGCUUUGCUAUUGUGAGACUGGCUCCGACAAACAACAGCCGCCAUUAAAAAAAAACUUCUGGAAAAGAGCUGUACGACUUCUUUGGCUGGAAGAAUGGAAGUUUCAGGAGAAUUAGUGCGACUGGGAAAAACUUUUAGUGGAUCCUGGUGAUCACGCACUGCUGCCUUAAAACUGGAACAAAACCCCUUAAACACAGAGGGACACAAAGAAGGCAGAGGUGAGCACCUGAUCACCACCCCAGAGAGUCAAAGUGAGCGGGACGGGUCAGCGAUCAGUCCGUUGAAAAGAACGAUGACAUCACUUUUCUGUUUUUUUUUAACACUCGGCCUUGUACAGCCGUUUUAAUAGGAUCUUUUUUUAAAGCCUUUUGGAAGGUGUUUUUAAGUUGACAACACUGACUAGUUGCAGAAAACGCAGAGCGACUUGGUGCCAGAAGUAGAACUUUUUAGUGGCUCUGUAUCAUAAAAACAUUUCAGAGGUUUUGCUGAUCUCUCAGUUUAGCCGACGACUUUAAUGUGCGGCAUGCAGGCGGUUUUUUAAUCCAGACAAAAACUCUUUUAAAUUCACUUGAACCAAAGUCCAAACAUGGAAAGGUCGAUCCCUGCUCCCCCUUUUUAAGACUACCUGCUGUUUCACCUGCUUCACCAAAAAACCUGUUUGAUGCUGCAGUUUAGAUGAGUCUUUUUUCAGUUCCCAUGAGCAAACUAGCUUCCUUUAGACUUUUAUGAAAGAUUAUAUAAACAAUAUUUUGUAGACGGCGUCCAAACGUCUCAGUUACACGGCUGUGACUUCCCUGAUAGCUACGUGCGAAUACUUGAAACCACCUGAUGCAAAAACACAGAGAUAAAGACGAUCAGGUUUUGACUUGGCUGACAUUUUAAAACAGCGGAGGAUUAAAGAUGUUGCUCAUCCUACUGGAGAUGUUUUAUUUUGAAAAUCAUGGUGCUCUGACUCACUGUAUGGCAGGAUGUCAGUGUGCACGUUUGGCUCAAGUUCAUUUAAAAAUCAGGAAGAAGUGUCCAAACGUGGUUUCACAGCUGUUCAAGAGACGACAGAAAAAGGUGGCAAACACUGGUGGAUGCACAAGACUUUAGUAAACUAGCACUGACUACUUCGUUCUAUGUUAAAAAGAUUUAUUCAGAGAAACUGCCUUAAAAAAAAACAUCUCUAUGCUUUGUUCUGUGUGGUGGACACGCUGUAUGUUAAGGUCAUAAUUCACUAUUUUAAUCCAAAAUGAGCUGCAUGUGAAGUGUGUGACAAACUGAUUUCUGUGACACUAAAAGCUUCUGUAAUAAUGUGGAUUCCCCCCCCCCCCCCUAUAUGAUCAUAAGAACACUUCCUGUUUCUAAUUGUGAGAAGUUAGUGAGAAGGUGUUGGCGACGCUCCAGCAGUUUGCUUCAGGCCAGCAGCCACAAAAACAGCCGGUAAUGUCUGCAAUGUCAUCUCUUAGGGCAAACCCCCCCCCCCCCCAUUAAGUUAAAGAUGUGCUCUCCACAGGGACAUGAUCAUCAGUUUAAAAGCAAGAUGUCAUUUUUCACCUGCUUUCCUCAAAUAACUCACAAAAUCCGUCGUUUUUACCUCGCUGCUCUCCGCAGCAAUCUUUUCUGUAAUGGUAUUGGACGCUAAGGAUAACAAUACUUGAACCUUUCAGAAGCAAAAAAAAACCCAAAGUAUUCAUACCCUGAUCGGUUUUAUUGCCAUGUUUACUGCUGCUUUUGAGACUACUGGCUGAAGCGAUCUACUGGAGUCACUCCUUAAGUUAUGAUACAUAUUUGUCAUUUAGCUUCAAACCUUGCAAAAAAAACACUAAAAGUACCACUCCCCUACAGAUUAGUACCAUUCCUAGAGUGUAAUUUGUUAGCCUGAAAUGACAGGACAUACAUGGUGCGGACGUUUUGACAUGUUCACCAGCAGAGCAGAGCGACUCACUGGGCGGUUUAUCUGAAUAACACUUUUCUGGAUGUGUCCAAAGGGCAACACUCACCUUAAGUGCAGUCUUCUUCUUUUUUUUUUUUUUUUUUUUUACAACUGGACGAUUUUGAGUUGCUGCCGGCUGUCACCAAAUCAAACUUUAAGGGCAUUACCUCAGACGAGGGGGGCGACUGUGCACCGUUCCUCCUGUAGGAUCUCUGUUCUGUGAAUAUAUACUGUAGCUCUCUGCUCCCACGUGCCCUGUAUAUAUUUAUAUAUAUAGCUUUUAUUUUUUAUCACUGGAACUCUUUUUAAACAAUGUUUUGUGUACUGUAUUGAUAGAAAGGUUUACAAGUGUUUCUACUUUCUUUGUUUGACCGAUAACAGAAAAAAGGGGCGAGUCUUCUUAACAAGAUUUUUCAUUCAGGAACGACCGACUGCGGUGCUCCACGGGCUCCCAACAGAGCCAGCCUAAGUCUGAUGUUAGAGUCCCUUUAUAAAACCAAAAAGUGAUUGUUUACAUGCUUCACUAAUACUGCUGAAUGUUGGCUUGAAAACAGAACACACACGAUAGAUCAAGUUAGUAUCUCUCUCUGUAACGGCUCUUUUAAACCUUUUACUGAGAACACGUU